CCGCCGCCCGGAAGAAGGAGCCUGCGCCGCGGCCGCCGCUGUUGACAACAUGGCGGCUGCCGCCUCCUCCGCCGCCCUGGUGUGGGGCGCGGGAGGCGGCGGCGGGAGGAGGAAGACGACCCAGCAGCCCUGAGGGACGGCCCAGGCCUGCCCCGCCGGCGCCGCCAUGUCGUUCUUCAGGCGGAAAGUGAGAGGCAGAGAGCACCAGAAGCCACUAGAAAACACUGGGGCAAUUAAAGAGUCUGGAUCGGCUCCGAUGCCCGGCAACUUUGCGGCAGCACCAGGAUACUCUCCGCAGAGAGGUACCAGGAACCAUGCCUUGCUGGAGGCCGCUGGACCAAGCCACGUGGCGAUCAACGCCAUCUCGGCCAACAUGGAAUCUUGCAGCAGUCGCACAGCCGCCCUUAAGAAGCAGCCCAGCCACAUGGAAGCUGCCCAUUUUGGAGACUUGGGACGCUCCUGCCUGGAUUACCAAGCUCAAGAAACCAAGUCCAGCCUCUCCAAGACCCUGAGUCAAGUCCUACGCGACUCUGUGGCCCUCCCGUACUUCACCCAGUACAUGGAGCUCCACCGCAUGGAACACUUGGUCCGAUUCUGGCUGGAAGCCGAGACUUUCCGCUCCGCCAUCUGGACCCGCAUCAGAGCACACAGCUUGAACACGGUGAAGCACAGUUCUCUGGCCGAGCCAGUGUCCCCUGGCCCGCGGCAGCAGCAAGACCCCUCCAGGGUUCCACCCCUUCGCCGAGCGCUCAACGGAGGACUGGACGACCGGUGCCCCGCCGAACCCUCUUUGGCACAUUUGAACCGGUCAGCUUUGACUCUUCGGAACCAUUUGCUGCUUGGCCAAGGCAGUGACAAACCCCGCUUGGGGUUGACUCCGUCAGAAGGCGAGGACUGUCCUUUUCCGGGGGACCCUCAAGAUGCUUCUGUGAUCUCAGCGUCCAGUCGAAACAGCCCUUCCUUUGCACUAAAGGACUUGUCAGGAAAACUCAUGAAAAGUAUUGAACGGGAUGCAGUGAUGAUUUUUACCAAAUAUAUAUCUCCCGAUGCUGCUAAACCAAUACCCAUUACAGAGCUGAUGAGAAAUGACAUUGUGGCCAAGAUCUGCGGAGAAGAUGGACAGGUGGACCCAAAUUGUUUCAUCAUGGCACAGUCGGUGGUGUUUAACGCCAUGGAACAAGAGCACUUUAGCGAAUUCCUGCGAAGCCAUCACUUCUGCAAAUACCAGAUCGAGGUGCUGACCAGUGGGACAGUCUACCUGGCCGAUAUCCUCUUCUGCGAAUCAGCCCUUUUCUACUUCUCAGAGUUCAUGGAGAAAGAAGACGCCGUUAACAUCCUGCAGUUCUGGCUGGCCGCAGACAAUUUCCAGUCCCAGCUGGCAGCCAAGGAAGGCCAGUACGACGGGCAGGAGGCCCAGAACGAUGCCAUGAUCCUGUAUGAUAAGUACUUCUCUCUUCAGUCCACUCACCCUCUCGGCUUCGAUGACUCCGUGCGGAUGGAGAUUGAGUCCAACAUCUGCAGGGAAGGCGGACCCCUCCCCAACUGCUUCACCACUCCGCUGCGACAGGCCUGGACCACCAUGGAGAAGGUUUUCUUGCCCAGCUUCCUGUCCAGCAACCUUUAUUACAAAUACUUGAACGACCUCAUCCAUUCGGUCCGGGGAGAUGAGUUUGGCGGCGGAGGCCUCGCCUUCCACGCUCACGGUCCGGGCAACGUUUCCGACCACUACUCCCACGUGGGUGCUGCAGAGAGCGGGGCUGCUUCCCAGCCCAGCUUCAAAAAGGCCAACGUCAAAAUCCUGAAAAACUUUGAUGAAGCAAUAAUUGUCGAUGUUGCCAGCCUGGAUCCCGAGUCUCUGUAUCAGCGGACCUACGCGGGGAAGAUGACAUUUGGCCGCGUGAGCGACCUGGGCCAGUUCAUUAGGGAAUCGGAGCCAGAGCCGGACAUCAAGAAGUCCAAAGGGUCCAUGUUUUCACAAGCAAUGAAGAAAUGGGUGCAAGGAAAUACAGAUGAGGCCCAAGAGGAGAUGGCGUGGAGGAUAGCCAAGAUGAUCGUCAACGACGUCAUGCAACAGGCACAACCCCCCGAGGCAGCGGUUGAAAAGGUGACUAAGCUAUGAUCUUCAGGAGUUUCUGCCUAUGAAGUGAAGCGGAGCCGGAUUUCUCCCCCUCCUCCCCGAAGACCCCCUUCUCACAGCUGCUCUCCUAGCACCCCACACCCUAAUCAGCGGGUGCAUCCCCCCCUUUGUGCUGGGGAAGAAAGAAGGCUUUCCUUUCUCUCUGGAGAGCCAAUUGAAGGAAGAUUUCCCCCAUCGCCUCCUACCAAGGGUUCUCCUUUCUGGACUAGAGUGAGGCACGGAGAACGAAAAAAAUCGCCCCUUAGUUUUCCGAGCUGCGAUUUUUUUGGUUGUUGUUGUUGAUAUUGUUGUUAUCGCAAACUUUUUUUUUAAAAAAAGACAUUUGCAAUCAGAAAGGCUCAGGGCACCUUCGGUAUGUCGGAGAGGGCUUCGCAGUGGGGUGGGGAAAGCGGGGAGCAGUCUGGAACCGUUUUGGAAUGAUCCUGGAAUAAUGAAGUAUUCCAUGAACUGGAUUCUGUUCUCCCGCGCAUUUGGGCCAGUUCGGGGAAAAAAGAAGGAGUUGGAGACAAAACGAUUUUUCCUUCCCUUCUUGCCUUCCAAAAAAAAACCCGCGCAACUCCAUGCCUCUCCCUCACACUGCGGAGCAACAUUGCUGCCAUCUGAGAGAAAAAAAUGCAAGGAAAUAAUAAUAAUAAGCAAUGAACUUUUGUGUGUUUCCUGUUUAUUUUUUUAUUUUUUUUGUCUCCAUGAAGGUGAAAACGACGACUGUUCGCCCGGUUUUUAGACGUCCGUUCAGUUUUUGGCUGAAUUGUUCCCAGAUUCCUGCCUUUCUCACUUCUCCGUUAAUGCAAUUUGUGGGGUUGGUUUUCCUUUUUCUUUUCCCCUUCUCCCCCUUUUUCCUUUCUACAAAUAAAUCCGAAACUUCCUCCGAUCUCCAGCGCGUGCAACACGCGAGACGUUUUACAAAAAGUUUGGAAUACUUGAGACAAAAUCUACUCCCGUCGUGCUUAUAGGGUGUUUUUUUUAAAUCCCCUUCUGCUAUUUUGUUUUCUGUUGCGAUGUUUUUAUUCCUUUGCGAAGGUUUUUCUCUCUUUUUUUUUUACGUUCCCGUUGGCGUUUGUUUCCUGAAGACUUGUGCAAAAAAGAAAGCAAAAAAAAAAAAAGGAUUUAUGAUCUCAAAACUACUUUUAGGAAAGUUUUUUUUUGAUUUGGUCUCCAGCCCUUGGAAAAGGGGAAUGGACUAAACGCACAUCACUUUUCUGGUUUCGGCUGGAGCGAGACGCCG